UCUAAGUCGUCUGAUCAUUACUUGCAAUGUCUGUUCUCUCUGCUUUAGUUCUAGUAGCUGCUGUUGCGACUGUCGCUCAAGCCCAGUCUCUGAACGUUGUCAACUCUUGCGGCGAAUCUGUUUUCUUGUACACGCAGACCAGCUACGGUUCUGUCGCAAACAACGUCAACGUCGCCGCAGGCCAGAGUGCAAACCUAGGCAUUAGUUCCAACUGGGAUGGUGCUGUCAACGUCGGUACUGGAUGCAGCGGUUCCACAUGUACCACUGGUGGCCCUACCUGGGACGGUAACACUCCCUUCAGCAGAGCCGAAUUCAAUUUUUACGCAAUCCCUGGAAGCGUGACAUAUGACAUCUCGCUCAUUUAUGGCUAUAACGUUGGAAUGGAGAUUUCCUCCGCUGAUGCUAGCUGCGAUGUUUUCGCUUGCACCAUCUCAUCCGGCUGCCCUGUUCCGGGACCUGGAUCCGAUACAUGCUACUCUCCGUGCUGCUCCUCUGCAAGCGCGUGCAGCGGCGGCGCGCUUCCCGCUAGUGGAGGAGGCUGUACUGACAACGAGGGACCUGGCCCGAACAGUGCAUUCUACUAUGAUACUUGUCUUAAUGCCUAUGCGUUCCCUGACAACGACGGCUCGAAUGGCUGGACACCCGCUGACAAUGUCGUUUACACUUGCGGCAACACUGAUAUCACCCUUACUCUGUGCUCUGGCACAACCUCUCACAUCGAGUAGAUAUAAAUGAUGGAAAGAGGCGUUCAUGCCACACUGUUUGGAGCUGUAAUAUUCGUUCGAUACAACAUGAUUUCUUGGUAAGUCGUUUUCCGGUAGCAAAGUGGACUUACACUUAGAAUAGAGUCUGCUCAUAUGCGAGAAAGUUGU